UAUAAAAAUGUUUUGGUGCAGUGCAUUUUUAUUUCAUUUUCGAGUUAUUCAUGCAGAUUAUACAAAUAGCACAAUCAAUGUGGCCAGAACGAUAAGCGAUGACUUUCAAAGUUUUCAAAGAACCGGAAAAAGAACGAGCGCCAGGGAUGGCAGACUCUUUACAUUUGAAACGAAAAAUGAUGACAUACAGGUUGGCAUCGAAUUUUCAGUUCCAUUCAUCUCGAUACCGGUUAAACGUUCAGUGAAUUCAAUGAAAUCAUGGGCUUCGUCGGCUUUUGUCACGGAUCCAGUGAUGAAUAUAAAUACCGGAUCGAUUGCUUUGACUGGAGCCGUUCUCUUGGGUGGUUUUGUGUCGACAUAUUUAUGGAAAUCGUUUAUGAAAGAUCAAUCUCAAUUUGUCAACAGCCCCGCAUACUACGGUCCAUAUACGAGACAAGAUGAUCAAUUUGACGAUGAAAAUCCAUUGAAUCAGCUGAUCGACAAAGUGGAACGAGUUUUUCAUAAAUAUGAUAUUGAUGUAACGACAUGUGUGCAACGUUUGGUAUGCAUUACAAUUCGAAAUGCAGCUGAAAAUGUGGCAAAAGGAAAUGGUACGAGUGCGGAAAAAAUAUUCGACGGUUUAUCGAGUACAUGGAUUUUGCGGCGUCUUACAGCAGGCACCGCAGUUAACGAUGCAAUAUUGGCGGGCCAACGUUCAGCUGAUUGUGAAAAGAAAUUCUUCGAAUGUAAUAUGAAAUCGAAAAAUAUUCAACAAGUAUUUGAUCUUUUGCACCGAACGAUGAACAACUAGAAUCAGAAUCUAUGCCAGAAUCGGCUUGCACAAUAAUUUGAAAGAAUUAUGACUAUUUUACAGACAAUAUAUUGAAUUUCGGCCGAGCCCACAUCUUUGGAAGUUGGCGAUCCAAGGGGUGUUAUUUCAUUACAUCUAGUGUCAAAAAGUGUGCCUCACUUUCAUCAAAACCUCUUUUUGGAAUAUUAAAAUAGAAGUCUACACUGAGAGAUAUCAAAUUAGAUCUGCAAAUCAAAGAAAAAGAAAUAUACUAAUUACUUCGAGUCGGC